AGUUAUGAGUGCAUGGAACUACGUGGUUACGGCUCACAAGCCAACGGCGGUUACACAUUCAUGUGCUGGCUAUCUCACUUCUCCUUCACAGCUCAAUCUCAUCAUUGCGAAAUGUACACGAAUCGAGAUUCAUUUAGUAACUAGCGAUGGAUUAGAGCUUUUGUUAGAUGUGCCGAUAUAUGGGAGGAUUGCAACACUUAAGCUUUUCCGUCCUAAUGGUGAAACGCAAGAUCUUCUCUUCAUCACAACUGAGCGACACGAAUAUUGUGUCCUUCAAUGGGAUGCCAAGGCAUAUGAAUUUAUCACAAGAUCAAACGGAAAUCUGGCAGGUCGAAGCCGUCCCAUGGAUACCUAUCAGAUUGGUUCGAUUGACCCGGACUGCAGAUUGAUUGCACUGCUUCUCUAUGAUGCACUGUUUAAGUUUAUUCACUUUGACGAGGAAGGCAAGCUGAAGGAAGCUUUUAGCAUCAGAUAUGAGUGCUGUGAAGCUUUGGACAUGAAAUUCUUGUAUGGUUGUCAAAAGCCUACAUUUGUUGUUAUAUAUAAGGAGGAUAACAAAAAUGCCCGACAUGUCAAAGCAUAUGAGGUUCCCUUGGAGAAUGGCCCGAAUAUUGAACAAAGAGAGAUUUGGGCUCUGAAUAAUAUUGAUAAUGGAGCUUAUUUGCUAUUACAAGUAUCUCCGCUGCUAUGUGGUGUACUUAUUGUUGGAGAAAAUGUGAUUGUUUACUGCUGCAAUGCUUCUGCUGUUAACGCUACUUACCCAAUUGAACAUGGCUUAGAGACUAUAACAGCGUAUGAUCAAGUUGAUGCUCAUCGAUAUUUGCUUGGGGAUCAUAACGGGGGUCUUCACCUACUAGCAAUCACUCAUGAAAAGGAGAAAGUUACUGGAGUCAGAAUCAAUUAUUUGGGAGAAACUUCUAUUGCAUCAACCAUUUCAUAUCUAUGUGACCCUUUUAUCUAUAUUGGCUCGAGCUAUGGAGAUUCACAGCUCAUAAAGUUCAGUCUCCAGAGUGCUGAAAGCUAUCCUAUGGAAAUUCUAAAUAGGUAUGACAAUUUGGGACCAAUUGCGGACUUCUGUAUAGUGGACUGCGAGAAGCUAGGACAACGUCAGGUUGUGACUUGCUCCGGAGCCUAUGAGGAUGGCUCGCUUCGUAUUGCUCGGAAUAAAAUUGGAAUACAUGAAGAGGUGUCUGUGGAGCUAAGAGGGAUCAAAGGAAUGUGGUCUCUUCGUUCAGCUACUGAUGAUUCAUAUGAUUCAUUCUUGGUUGUUAGUUUAAUUGAUGUGACGCGUUUUUAUCAAAUUGUGGUGGAUCAAACUUCAAGAGAAGGUUUUACUUCAUUAUCGCUGGCUGAAGCCUUGAUAGAGGGUUUCAAUUCUGAUGUCCAGACCUUGUUUUGUCAUCAGGCUGUAUAUGAUCAGCUUGUACAGGUUACUCCAAACUCUGUAAGAUUGGUCAAUUCUGUCUCCAAACAUAUGAAAACCGAAUGGUUUGCUCCAGGCCCGUUGACUGUUGCAACUGCGAAAGCCACUCAGAUACUGUUGGCUACUACUGUGGGUGGCCAUCAGCUUCUGGUAUGCCUAACAAUUGGUAAUGGUGUUUUAAAGAAAAUGGCAAGUAUCAAGUUGGGUGGUGAUGUUUCGUGCUUGGACAUAAACCCAAUUGCUACGAAAGCAAACUCUAGUAUAUUUGCAGCAGUUGGAAUGUGGGAAGACAAUAGUAUCAACAUAUAUUCACUUCCUAAGUUGGAUUUCAUUGGAAAGGAGAAUUUAGGCGGGGUAGAUUCACUUCCUCGUUCUGUUCUCAUAUGUUCCUUUGAUGGGAGAUCUUACUUGCUGUGUGGCCUGAAUGAUGGGCAUCUCAUGCAUUUUGAAUUGAACAUGAGUACCGGUGAGUUGACAGCCAGGAAAAAAGUGUCUAUUGGGAACCAACCCAUAACACUUUGUACUUUCUUAUCUAAAGAAGCUACACGCGUUGUUGCUGCCUCAAACAGUCUAAUGGUUAUCUACAGCAAUAACAACAAGAUACUUUAUAAUGAAGUUAAUAAUAUUGAAGGUGUUAUUCAUAUAUCCCCAUACAAUGUUGAAGCUUUUCCAAAUAUGCUUGCAAUCGCUAAAGAAGGUCAGUUAGCAAUUUGCACUAUUGAUGAAAAACAAAAACUUCACAUCAUCCAUUCAGAACACCUUGGGGAGUAUGUGCGCUACAUCAGUCAUCAAGAGCAGUCCCGGACUAUAGCUAUAUGCAGUAUUACUUAUGAAGGUGGAAAUCAAACUGACAAGCUUGUCCGCCUAUUUGAUGAUCAAACAUUUCAGAGGAAAUCUACUUACAUCUUUGACCAAUUUGAGUACGGUUGUUCCAUACUUAGUUGUUCAUUUUCUGACGAUAAUAAUGUGUAUUAUUGUGUUGGGACUGCUUAUGUGAUGCCGAACCAAAAUGAAUUGACCAAGGGCCGGAUAUUAGUUUUACAAGUUGUACUUGAUGGAGAAUUCCAACUAAUUGCACAGAUAGAAACUAAUGGUGCUGUCUACUCACUGAAUGCCUUCAAUGGGAAACUACUUGCCGCGAUCAAUCAGAAUAUUCAUUUGUACAAGUGGGCAUCCUGUGAGUUUGGCCGAGGCCGCAAAUUGCAGCCAGAAUGUUUAUACCAAGGUCGUGUGCUGUCUCUUUUUGUUCAAACACGUGGUGAUUUUAUUGUUGUUGGUGAUAUAAUGAUGUCCAUUUCUCUCCUUAUUUGCAAGCAAGACAAGGAGGAGUAUGUUAUAGAGCAGCUAGCCUAUCACUCUGCUACGAAUUGGAUGUCAGCUGUUGAGAUCCUGAGCGAUGACAUUUACCUUGGUGCUCGAACCGACUUAGACCUGUUCACGUUCACUAAACAUAGUGAGAGUACAGCAGAUGAGCAACACAAACACCUCGAGGUGGCUGGUACAUUCUACCUUGGCGAAUUUGUUACUAGGUUUCGGCAAGGUCCGCUUGUCACAUUGUCACAAGAUUCAGAAAUGAUACCCACUGUCAUCUUUUGCACUAUGAAUGGUGUUAUAGGGGUCAUUGCCUCACUUCCUCAGGAGAAGUAUAGUUUCUUGGAAACACUGCAAAGUAAGUUGAGAAAAGUGAUAAAGGGUGUGGGUGAAUUGAGCAACGAGCAAUGGAGGACAUGCUGGUGCUGGCAGCGGCGGAGAACUAUAGAUACUACAAACUUUGUCGACGGAGAUUUGAUUGAAUCAUUCCUGAAUCUUAGCAAGAAUCAGAAGGAAGAGAUUGCUCAAGAAAUGGAAGUUACAUUUGGGGAUUUAGUAAAGGUAGUUGAAGAGUUAACCACAUUGCAUUCCUUUUGAUCAUUGUAUUACAUACACUUGAAGCAUUAUUGUUACUGGAUUUCAAAAUCAGCUGUCUCAACUUCACCACCGGUCCUUUGAUAUACUCUUAAGCAAUAUUCAUC